AUGGACGCCUUUAUCGUCAAAAAGAAGCGCAAACUCAGUCCUCCUCACGACUUGCCACCUAGGCAUGACGAUGAUGACGAACCAACAGAUCUUAAACUGGCACUGCUGUCGUCGCUGCAUCCAACUCUUGACCAGGACACGCUCCUAGAAUUUCUUCUGGCCCACAACGGUUCGGUCACGGAAGCCUCAGUGGCAUUAAAGGUGCCACAAGCCCAGAGGAAAGCCAGCGGCGUCAUGGGCGCUCAAAGCUCCCUGAAGCAUUUCGCCGUCGGCGCCCACGACGGCGAUGGCGGCCAGCCUUCGAAGAAGAAGCUCAUAUCUAGAAAAGGUGCUACUCUGCACCUUUAUGACCCAAACGACAUUGCAGAGCACACACCAUGCACCAUCAUUCACAACUUCCUGCCUCCCGAUGAAGCGAAUAGUCUUCUUACCGAGCUGCUCGAGGAAUCCAAGUCCUUCGAGAAGAUCACCUUUCAGCUUUUCGACAACGUGGUCGCGAGUCCGCACACUUCUAGCUUCUACGUCGAAAGCUAUGACGAGCUGCGAGCGCAGAAGACAGAGUUUCUCUACAACGGCGCCAGACUCACCGACGUACGUCGCAUCACACCCCAGCUUGCACUCGUCAAGCCCAAGGUCCAGGACGCUGUGAACCGCGAGAUGCAAACAAGAAUCAGGACAAGAUAUCCCGGCGGCAAGAAAUUGCGCUAUCAGUCUCCCAAACCUUGGGUGCCCAACUCAGCCUUCGUCAACUGCUACAAUGGUCCCCAACAAAACGUCGGCUGGCACAGCGACCAGCUCACUUACCUCGGCCCCCGUGCCGUCAUUGGCUCCAUAUCUCUUGGCGUGGCUCGGGAGUUCAGGGUGCGCAAGAUUAUUCCCAGAGAUUCCGACAACGUCUCGGAAGACCCCGAUGCAGAAGGCCAGGUCGCGAUUCAUCUUCCGCACAACUCGCUCCUCGUCAUGCACGCCGAGAUGCAAGAGGAGUGGAAGCACAGCAUUGCGCCGGCACAGUCCAUCGAUCCGCAUCCCAUCGCUGGUAACCGGCGCAUCAACAUUACAUACCGAGACUACAAGGCCAACAUGCAUCCCAACUCGACACCCAAGUGUGACUGUCGCAUUCCAUGUAUUCUUCGUGUGGUACAGAGAAAGAAGGAAAAUCACGGAAAGUACUUCUGGAUGUGCCAUGGCGGCAACGUUCCCGGCAAGGAGGGGUGCUCGUUCUUUCAGUGGGCCCGAUUCGACGAUGAUGGGAAUCCGCUGUGA